CAAAGUUGAAAAGUAUACUUAAUAAGAUCCUUUAUAGAAAAAAGUUUAAAAAUAAUAAACCGUAAAUUUAUUUGAUUUUAUAUGUAGUAUAUUGUUGAUUUGCACGUGAAACAUAUACAAAUUGCAUUGGACACAGUUUUAUUAUAUUUUUAUUUUAUUAGUUUUAUUUAUUUAUUUUAGUCACCAGGGCCGAGAAACAGGACUUAGAUACAAGGUACCUUAUAUUAACUAUUAAUUAUUAGUUAUUAACUAUUGUAUAUUAGUAGACAAUUUUUAAGUAUUUAAAUUACAUUUUGAAUCAAUAAAUAAUGUUUAAAUAAUAUACUUUGGUAAGUCUUUAAAACUUUAAUUUUAAUUUUUAUAAUUGCACUGCCCAUAUCUACGAUUCUUUUGGUCUUCUUUUUUUUACAAUUUCUUACAACCAGGUUACUGCUACCUUCUCAACUUCAACGCUCAGGAUUUCCUCUUUUGAUAAUACAGUUCUUUGAGUUUCUGUACAUUCUUGUCUCCAAUGAUCUAUUGAAUCUUUGCCUGCACCACACAACCAACAUGUUUUUUCUCUGUCGUCAGCCCAUUUUUUAUUUGCGCCUUCUCACGUUUCACGUGCCACAUCUUGCUUUUGCAAAGUGUAAUUUUCGCUAACUUUUAAGUAUUGUGGGACUUCCCCUGAGUAUAUACUUGCGUAUACAUCCAAUUCUCGCGGUUUUACUUCAUCUCCAACCAUUGUAUAAGUAUAUUGUAGAUUUAUACAAUGGUUCUAUAGUUCAGGUUCAGCUUACAUCCUCACAGUUUUAUUAAUAUCGCAUGAUAAAAAUUAUAUUAUUUCACACCGAGAAUAGAUGACUGAAAUAUUUCUUUUUUUGACGGCGCUACAUUUAUUUAAACCGUCAACUGACGCUUUCAUUUCACAAUUCUAGGUAAAACGUCAAAAAGUUAAAAGGAAAAAAUAUAAGCAAACAAGUCCAUUUGGUGAAAACAUUGAAAAAGUACAUAUUGUGUAAAUUUACUUAAGAGUCUCCGAAUUUCUUUUCAUUAUUUGAAAACAGUAAUAUAUAAUCUGUAAAAUUCAUAUAAAAAUUGCAAGUGUGUUUAAGUAAACCAAAAUGGAUAAGGAUUGUGUAGAAGAGGUGGAAACACAGAAGGAAAACGAAAAAAUUAUUACAGUCGAUGAAAAGUGCGAACAUGAUAUUGAUGGCGUUGACAAAGAGCAAAAAGAUGCAGCAAUUAACACGAUCCCGCAGGAAAAGUUAGACAAUGAAUUUUUAAAUAAAUGCCAAGAGGAGGCAUCCAUAAUGCCACAGAUGGAAUGCGAUAAUAUACCGUUACCUUGCGAUUCUGAGGAAACGAAUACAGUCAGUUCAAGCAAUAAAGUUGUAAAAAAACAAGGUUUAUCUAAGAAAAUAGCCACUCUUCAGGAAAAAACAAAAAAUCUCCAUGAUAAAUUAGGGAUCCACCGUAGUAAGUUGCAACAGCAUGCUAUGGCUGUGUCAAGUAUUUCGGAAGUUUCUCAAGUUAAUGACUCGUUAGCAGAACAAGCAAUGAAAUCAUUACAAGUAAACAUUACUAAUUCACUAAAUAACAGUAUAACAACAAUUUCUGCAAAAGAAAAUAAUCGAAAAUUAAAAACUGCCCAAGUUCAGUACUCAUCACGCAGGCAAUUACAAGAGAAAGUUGGGGAUCUACAAGAGCAAGUUGAAGGCCUGCAUGAGUUACUAAAUCAAUUAACUAUUAAAAAUCCACAACUUAAGGCACGUGUUCUAACACUUGCGCAUCAUAAUCCGAAGCUUCGUCAAAUAAAGCUCUUUACAGCAAGUGAAAUUUCUGCGUCUACUAGUAGAAAUGCUCAACCAUUGCUGACUGCCAAACAGAGGAAGGAAUCGGAGGCCUCUAAUGCCAGUACAACAGCAUCACAAAAAGAUACAACUUCUGUAAAUGACAAUGCUAGCGUACAAAAAGUUAGUCGAAAACGAAGUCAACGCAAGCGCAAGAAUAACGUAACCAAAGACUCGAAAAAUCAGAAAAGCGAGGUAGAAUCUUUAAGCAAAUAUUUGAAUAAUAUUGUGACAGAAUAUUUCGGCCCAGAACAAAUGAAAAAGGCGGAAGAGUUGGAAUUCAAAGGAACUUUUGAUGAUUUAGAAUCGUAUGCGCAAAAGUUAGUGCAAGCUGGAAUAGGACGUAUAGUUGAGGACGAAAUACGAAUUAAUCGUAAGAAUAAUCGUCAAUCAUUUAUUACAAUGUCUACGGACCGAGAAGGUACUGAACGUGACGGCAUAAUUUUGUUGCCAGUAGCGAGGCGCUAUGCCUUUGAAGGCGACAUAGUGCGCGCUUUCGUGAUGAAUAUGGGUGUAGGAGUUACGCCAACCUCUUCACCAGCCGACAUAGUACCUAAGGACGAAAAAAAAACGGUUGAAAAAGCGUCAAUAACUGGCGGCAAAGACACUUCAUUUUCUUUAGCUGAUGACGAGGAUCCGUUCGAAGAUACGGAAUCGCCUGAUUCAGACAACGAUGCUGAUGUCAAUGAAUUGGAUGCUUCCGCCAUUGCUGCCUCAGAUAAUUGCCCGAAAUCGUUUGUGAUUUCUAUAGUAAAACAAACGCCAUUACGUGAAAUUGUUGGAACUAUUUCUUUCAAAAAUUCCAUGAAAUUGAAUGAUGAGAUUAGUUAUUACAAACUAAAACCACACGAUAUGCGUGUACCAAUGGUUUACAUUCCAGUAAGCGCAUGCUCUUCGCACAUAACAACAGAAAAUCAAGCUGAUAUCUGUGGUUUGCUUUAUUUAGUGCGAGUUAUUGAGACGGAUAUUAAUGGGCAUUGUAUUGGUGAAUUGUUGCAACCUGUUGGUAAAGUAGGCAAUGUAGAAGCUGAAUUAAAAGCCAUCCUACUGCAUAAUGGACUUAAGAAUAUAAAACCAUUUGAGCAGUGUUUCAAUGACCUGUAUGGGCAGCCUGAUCCACCUAUAACCACAGCUGACUUACGUUUUCGUGAAGAUUGGCGAGAAAAAUGUGUUUUCACAAUUGAUCCGCUUACAGCUCGUGAUCUGGACGAUGCUGUCUCCGUGGAGAUUGUGGGCGACGACAUAUAUGAAAUUGGUGUUCAUAUCUCCGAUGUAGCUCAUUACCUACAAGAAGACAGUGAGUUGGAUAAUAUCGUUAAGGAACGUGCUACAUCAAUAUAUUUGGUAAACGAAGUUAUUCACAUGCUGCCCAAAACAUUGUGUUUUAAGUGCUCACUACUGCCAGGCGAAGACAAAUUUGCGUUUUCCGUUUUUUGGCGUAUAAAUAAACACGGCGAAAUCAUUGGUCAACCGCGUUUUACACGCACUGUUAUCAAUUCAUGUGUCCAGCUAGCCUAUGAACACGCACAAAAAGUGAUCGACAAUCCGAAUGAAGAUUUUGGCAUGGACGAUUUUCCUACAAUUUGCAACGGCUUCACCGUUCAUGACAUAUGCUCACGUGUCAAAGUUUUAAAUACAAUUGCUGAGAGAUUACGCCAGAAACGAUUUGAUGGUGGUGCAUUAUCAAUCAAUAAUCCGAAAAUACGCUUCAAUUUAGAUCCUAAAACCGGAGAAGCUUUAAGUUAUGAAUUGGAUAGUCGACAAGAGGCGAAUUUUCUCAUUGAAGAAUUCAUGUUGUUGGCGAAUCAAUCAGUUGCGCAGUUUAUAUAUGAUCGAUUCCCAGAUAUAUCCAUAUUACGUAAUCACGGUCCACCACUUUCGAAAUCGAUGAAGAACUUACGUGAAAAAUUAGUCAGCUUAGGUAUGGAGUUCGAUUGUUCUAGCUCAAAGGCUGUGUACACCAGUAUGCAGAAACUGUGUCGCGAGGCAAAAGAUCCCGAAGCAAUGGACGCUUGUCUGAGUGCAUUGCUCACGAAACCAAUGGCACGCGCUAAGUACUUCUGUAGUGAAGGUAAAUCAGAAGAGGCUGAUCUAUGGCAUUAUGCUCUUUCCAUACCUAUUUAUACGCAUUUCACAAGUCCUAUACGACGUUACCCGGAUAUUCUAGUUCACAGGGUUCUAGCUGCUGCCUUAGACUACUGUCCACCACCCAAACGUACCCCUGACGACUUGCAUAUGCUUGCCAAAAUUUGUAAUGACCAAAAGUACAAUGCUAAAAAUGCCGGAGACGAAUCCAUAAAUCUUUUCUUUAGACGCUAUAUUAAAGAGAAACAAUCAAUUACCAUGCGUGCUGUUGUAACAGAAAUUUUCCAACAUCUGUUGAAUGUGGUCACUAUUGAAACUGGACACUCGAUCAGUAUUAAUUUUAAAAUACAAAAAGUGUUGGUGGACACCUCAAACGCCCCUGCUUACGUGCUUAUUGCCGAGCGCAAUUCAAAGAAUCCACCAGUAAAGUUGCAAUUGUUCUCUACCAUUGAUGUGAAGUUAGUAAUUUGGGAUGAUAAAGUUUGUGGCUUUUUCGUGUCUCCGGAUCCUAAGCAACGCCAAAUCAACAGUAUAGAAUUGUCAAAGAAAAAACAACAAGCAACUAGUAGUGCAAAUAAUUCUACGAGUGAAAAUAGUGGUGUGCGUAAACAGCGACAUACAUCGGAGCGCUCAGUGCAAGAAUUGGAUGAAAACCAGUCGCAACAACAGCAAACAUCGGCAAACGCAAAAUCGAAGCCAAAGCAAAAUAGUAACAACAAGAAGAAUAAUGACAAACGUGUUUAAACAAGCCCAUUUUUAAAAAGACGAUUUUAGAUAACUCACAUACAUGCAUACAUAAUAGUUUGUUUCCAAAACAUUUCUGUUAUCUUAAUGGAAUUUAUUUAAUUAAAUUUAACUAUUGUUUGUAAUUGUACGUCAAACGGAUUUAUGAUUAAUUUACUUAAAAUAUACCUCAUUAGCAUUCAUUUUAUAGUGACAAUUAUUGUGUUCUAACUCUUUAACUCACUUUAAAAGUGCAAAUUUCAUUUAAAGACAAACUCAUGUAAAUAUAUGAACCUAAAAGAAAUCGAACUUUUUUAGACGAACUUCAAGUGGAAUUUAGUAGAGCCACGAGUUUUAGACAAAUGCGAAGCAUACGCACGAACAUAUUUUUUGUAAAUAUACUGAUACUGAGCAAAAAUCAUAUAUUGUUUAAGUGAAAACAAUUAGUUGAUAUGUGAUUUUGAUAUAAUAGAAAAAUAUGAAAGCAUUAUUGUAUGUAUUUAUAUUUUAAGCUAUUUUAUAUAGUUUAACGGCUAUUUACGAAAAAAAAACCAACUUGAGAAGCUGAAAUAAAAGAACCAAACAAAUUAUAUUUUAUAUCA